AUUUCAGAUUUGUACCUGAGCCAUGUUUUGGGAGAGAAGGGGAUCAUUGCUUUUGGUCGAAGGGUAUCCGGUGACCAAGUAUUUGUAGAGGCAAAGAAAUGUACACUAGAUGUAAUCAAGACUUUAAUUGAGAAAGAUGUCCAGAAGAUUCUCAAAUAUGUUGUUGAUAUUAGAAAAUAUACUUUGUUCCUGUACAAUGUGGACAAGUCCAACAAAGUUCGUCCAGUGGCACUUGAUGUGUUCUGCAAUUUAUUGCAUAAAUGUGGAUCCCACAUAAGUGUUGAAGAUAUAAAUGCAGAUCAGUUUAUUGAGAGGCUCUGUCUUGACAUACGAAGUCCAAAGGGUUCUACAGUGUUGCAUCAUCAAGUGCGGACAUUGGGCAUGCUCACCUAUGUCUACCCAGAAAAUUUGCGUCACCAAGUACCUCUCAUCCUAAAAAUCUUAAAGAAUGAGCUGACAAAGCAUACAGGUAGCAAGCCAGAUCUUUUCGCACUGGCAGGGGUGUUACGAGGACUUACCCUAUAUAUGCAUCACUUCCCUGAAGGACAAGAUGAUGACCCUGCACUCUACGAAUUCCUUUAUAAACACAUCCAUAAAGUUCUUAAUCCUGAUCUAAACUUGAGUAGAAGGGAUGCACAAAGAGCUGCCCUAGAACUUGUUCACACACAUGGAGCUAAAUUUUCCACUCAGCUGUACAGUAAUUAUGAUACCUUGUUUCCGUGGUUCAUGAAGUGGUGUGGCUCCAGAAACCGUGAUGACCAUAAAGCUGCAUUGCCUGCCAUGGACACGUUUGUCUGUGUGAUAGCAAAUAUGUUGGAACUUCAAGCUGGAGAUGAUAAAAAAAAAGGAACACAAAUAUUUAAGUAUUUUCUGAAAGAAUAUAAUCAGUUACUAGAAAAGAGCGACAGUACCUCCCAAGUGAGUCUUGCAGUGAAGGGGUAUGCGUUACUGUCAGGAGCAUGCCGGUUACUUCUCCCACCAGUCGAGGUGCACACCAUGUUUGCUCGGGUCCUCAUGGCAAGCCAGCAUGCUUAUUAUCAAUCGAGUGAAAUGCUGGAAAAUAAAUUGACCAAUUUACCAAGCUACAUUGAGUCAUUAGCAAUAAUUAUCAUCAACAUGGACUUGAUAAACAUGGGGAUCAUAGAUAGUGUGCAAAAUUUGGCAAUGGCUUUGGUGGACAAUUUUCCCCUGGUAUCUGUGUACCGCAGGUUCCUAGCAUACCGUGCACUUUUCAAGAUGUUCCACGCAAUACAUGGCAAAGCUGAAUAUUUUCAAGACUUUCUCCACACAUUUGUUUACAAAUCCAUUGUAUUGACGUGCUCCCAUGCCCCUGAGGCAGAGUCCUCUCCUGGUGAAGAAGGUGGCAUGUGGAGGAACACCAGUGAGAGUAAUGGAGGUAAUGGCACCUGGAAAGGCUUAAAGAAUGAGGUCACAACUUAUAAAAGCUUUUUGCCUCUUUGGAGUGGUCUGAUGGUGCCAGAAAAAAUGACAAACAUGAAAGUUUCAGGUAUGCCUGCAACAGUAAGGACAGAAAUCAGUUCUAAGAUAUAUGUAGAAUUUAUCAGCUGUGUUUUGGAGAUAACAGAGAAGUUGGAUUUGGACACAUUUAAGCAAGAACCUUUAAAGAAAGAAGCAGAGACUACUGAAAAAAAUGAUGUUGCCACUUCAGAUCCAGUGUCUGGGCUCAAAGCCAAGACUCCGAAAGACUUUCAGGUUUACAUGAAUGUAAUUUCUUUGAUGGGAGACGUACUGCCCCUGCAAUGUGAGGCUCAGCUCGAGCCCCAUGUUUCUCACCUUUGUUGGUUCUUUGUGAGAUGCUCUUCACUGCAGCCUCUCGUCUCUGCUCACUACUCUGCCAUUACUACUGUUCUCUCCUGCACCCUGCGUACAUCAUAUUUCCAGAAGAAAGAGGAUCCUACAGUGGAGACUGUUAUUCACCUCCUAACAAGUUACAUCAGGGAGUUGCUUCAGCGUUGUCGUCAGUACAGGGAUCAACUUCUGGCAUCCUGCUUGACCCUCGUCCUAAAACUGCCUCUCUGCAUUGUCCGAGACAUUUUCCCGCAGCUGGUGGUUGCAUUACAGAUGGCUUUACAGCUCGGUGUUAGUUACUUACCACUGGCUGAUGUGUGUGUGUCGGCUCUGCAAGUGUGGACUGAGAAGUUACCUCGUGAUUUGCUGCAUCAACACAUGCCAUUUGUGAUGCCUCUCCUCCUGCCAUACCUUCGUUCUCAAGAGACCGGUGGAGAAGCAGAAGUUCAGACAAGGGUCAUUACAGUUAAAAUGGCCUUUGCAAAUCAGCGGCGGAAGGUUGACCAGAAAAAGAUGCUUAGCAGCAAACGGGUGGACGAGACGGCAAUGAGACGUGUGCAAUUAUCCAUCCUUCGUCUGAUUGGAAGCAUGGAUUCCAGUUUGAGUCUGUGUGUAAUCCCUCAAGACCCUGAUUCCUUGGCCGCAGCUGCUGUUCGGUGGGACACCCUCAAACAUAUCAAAUUUGCUACCCCAUUUGACCAAAUCAAGAUUGACAUUUUUCUUGAUGAUCUUCUGCCCCAUAUUGUGGAUUUAGCACUAAAUUCAAGUGAUCGGCAAACUAAAGUUGCUGCAUCUGAACUUCUCCAUUCUGUCAUUAUCCUUAUGAUUGGCACAGGUGCUCAGCAACAUGAAGACUACCAGGCCAAGUUUCCCAUGGCACCACUGUACCGUCAUGUGUUUCGAGCCAUAUUGCAGCUGGCUUGUGAUCCCGACCAAGUUACUCGCCAGUUGUUCCUUACACUCGGUUAUCAAGCUAUUCACUGGUUCACAAAUAAUAAAAACUUCGAGAACCCUGAUACAGUUGUUCUUUUGGAGGCAAUUAUGGAAGGAAUUGUGACUGCCAACAACCCAGCCUUGAGAGAUGUAAGUGCCCAGUGUCUUGCAGAAUUUGUAAAGUGGUCCCGUAAGCAGUGUCGAAAUAAAGACCAAAUACCUUCAAACUUGAAGUCAAUUCUGUUGAGAAUCUUUUCAUUCUGCAAACAUCCAAGUGCCUUCAAACGCUUAGGUGGAUCUCUAGCAUGGAAUAGCAUUUACUGUGAGGUGCGAGAAGACCAGCAAGCUGUGGAUACAUGGACCUUGGAGAUGUUAACUCAUCUAGUGUGUGCUCUUGACCUAGCACAAGGUGACGACCCUGCGCUUGGCACACAUGACCAGACACAGUCAGCCAUACACCACGUUGAACGCAUUAUUCGUGUUAAAAAAGAAAUCUUCUGGAAGAAAUCAGCACAUCGUCGUAUUCCCUCUGACAUGGGAGAAGGCACUCUCUCUGAUCUACUGUUUUGGCUUCUGAAGCAGUGUGGUAGACCAAAGGCUCUUGUUAGACAUGCUUGUAUGGAGCUCAUGGUUUCUCUGUCACCUCAUGCAAAAGGUUAUAAUUCGGUUUGUGAUUUUGUUACGAAGCAUAUUGGCAAAAGUAACAUGAAUAUGAUAGUGGACAUUGUAGAAGGAGGUGGGGAGGCAUCACUAGGUAUCCAGCGGUACUCCAGCCCGACCUCUUGCAGCCAGACACAUGUUACAGUUAAAGAUGUGAAUGUUUUCUUUGAGGCGCUGUUAGCUGCCUUGGAUGGCUAUAGCUGGCUUCUUGGUCAAGGGAUAUUGCCUGCAGUACAAGUGUUGGGAUGUGAUAGAGUACAGCUCUUCUCUGCUGCAUCCUAUUUCAUUGAACAUAUGGCAGUAGUAUGUAUAAGUGAUUACUUGAAAAGUAGGAAAGGAAACACCACAGACAAGAAUGUAAUAACCCCUUAUGAAAGUGAAGUUGCAACAAAGCUCAAAUGCACAGUAGUGGUCAGAUUGCUGGAUUUUGUGAAGGUUUUACUACAAGAUGGCUCCAGUUCUGCACACUUUUUUGAUCAAUACUCUUUGUGGUCACAGUCAUUCUUUGAACUAGUGACAAUGUGUGUUUUGGAUCCAGCAAGAAUUGGCUUUGAUAUUAAAGACACUGAAGUCACCAAGCAUCUUCCCUCCCGCCUCGAGGACGUGCUGACUAUCAUGCAUAAUAAGAUUUCUCAGGAUGUAGCUCAAAUUUUCAUAAAAUAUUUGGAGGAAAAGAUACAAAAUGACGACUAUGACAUAAUGAAGGUCUUGUCAUCAUCAUUACUUGAAGCAACACACAUUACCCUUAGAAGCAAGCAUAUCAUAGAAGGAAUUGAGAUACUGCACAAAAGUGGCUGGCUACAAGGAUGCCCUAUGGUGAGCAAAACUUUGGCAUGUGAUUUGGCCAAGUGGGUUUGUGACAGCCUAUUUAUAGAACGUGAUUCUAGUUUGGUGGCAAUUUCUCCUAGUCCAAACCAACUUCAAUUCUUAAAGGCAGUGUUUCAUCUAGCUGUUACUCUAGACUCACAGGUUGACCAGGAGCUUCUCAGAUGGGUCACAAGUAGUAACACUGUAAUGGGGAUCAUUGGCCAGUUUAUAGAAAAAGGAUCUCAUAUUGUGGAUACUCUUGGCCCAUAUUUAAUCCCUCGCCUUUUGGAUAUCUGCGACGUGACACUUGCCAGAUGUGUACAACUUAUCAAGGAUGGACGGUUCAUGACAGCGAUGAGCCUCUCUGCUUCAAUGCUAAACUUUAUGAUAAGGAACCCUGAAUGGAGAAAAAGGCAUUCGGUACAAGUGGUUCAAGCUUUCCUCUUCCACUGGCCGACAUUUUCUACUGAAUCGAGAAAAACCAGCCUGCACCAAGAAGCUGUCUUGGGAACGUUAUCAGCAUUAUUUUUGGUAGAUCGGGAAGGUACGCUCAAGAUACACUGCUCAGAUCCAGGACAUAACAUUGUAGUCUUCUACAAAGAACUUCUCUCUGAAAAGAAAGUUGAAUUGCAGCUGAAGAUAAAGGCUCUCAAGCUUUUGCCCUUCUUCUUCACAAUGUCAAAGGACACCAUCAAGUGCAUUGGUGAGGCUCUUGAAACGAUGAGCUUGAACCUCUUUCCUCUCCAAUCUUCCGAGUUUCCUGCUGGUGGUGCACGUGAUCGGGAAUAUCAUCAGGCUCUGAGUGAAAUACUUAUUGCUCUAGAAUUAUCCAUGUCCUCGGUACUCUUACAGUUCAUCGUAAACCUCUUCUGUCGUGAGGAAAAACACCGUUAUGAAGACAUUAUGACCGAAUCACUUGAAAAAUUUAUGAAGAGGCAACCAGUAUCCAAACAACUAGAAACUCUCAAACUUGUGUUUUCUAUGUUUACUGAUGAAUCAUGUGUUAAACAGAUAAUCAGGCAAAAUAUAAUGGAGAAGAUUUUGGCUCCACUUUUGCAGCAUGCCAGUUUGCCAGCAGUUGUUUCUUUUCUUGUGGAGAUCAUCACUCAGGUAAUGGCAGGGGUAUCAUUGACAAUCCCAGGAAGAAGUGAGGAACAGCAGAAGGUUUUGGUUACCAAGAGAGGAAGCUUUAUUAUUCUGCAAAUAAUGUAUUCUAGGCUUCCUCGUGAAAGGGUAUUUGCCCCAGAUUCGGAAAUUAAUUCUGCAUAUCGACCCAGUGAUCUGUCAGGAAAGGAGUUGACAAAAGAAUUGUUUCGUUGUGCUUCCAAGGUUGCCAAAGGAGAACUACGACAUGAUCAGACUCACGCAGAGUUCCGAAGGCUUUGUGCAUGUGCUGCUUACAACUCUAUCAUUGCUGCUCUUGCUUGUGUACAAAAUGAUAUAAAAUUUUACAAUAACUUCUUGUUUAAUGCAAUCUCUACUAAAGGAGAGGCUAUAUGGGAGAGCCUCAUAGAUUGUAACAAGACCCUCGAGUUUGAUGUUGAAGUUCAUUUUAAUCCAGGCAGCAAAAAGAGAUUUGUUGCUGUGCGACGUGAAAUGAGAAAAAGUGUCCAAGAAGACAGUGGUGCGGAUGGUGGAACUGUGCAGUAUAUUGCUUCGCAUUAUCUCCACGACAGCAGCCUUCGAGAGGAUAUCAGCCAAUUUGAUUUCAGUAAUUCUAUUGUCCUUGCAAUGUCUCAAAGAGAAGACGGCAUAAAUAAAGAUUUCAGCACUAAUGGUGGCAGCGGGGAAUUGAUGACGCUUCAUUUGGACCAGAGUGACUACAAUGGGCAUGAAGUGAUGGCUAAUCUCACUGCAGUUAUUCAUUACAUGGUGGAUGCUGGGAUCUUGGUCUUACAUAAAGGGGACUCGACUCCUACAGCCUCGGAUAUUCCACCUUUGAUGAGAAACUUGCAGCAGAAGAUUGAGUGUGCUGACACACCUCGAAAUGUGAAGCUGUUCCUUCUGCGGUUAAUUAUGAACACCUCUAAAGUGUUUGCUCCAUAUGCAGCUCAUUUUGUCAAUCCCAUCCUCAGCUGUAUCAUCGAUGGAACUGUUGGAGAUAAAAUCAAUUAUUUCCUCAGUGACUUGAUGGUAAUGCUGAUGGGAUGGGGUCAAAGGGCAGUGCCUCAAGACAGUGUAAUGGGAAAGAACAUGGUAGCUCGUGUGUUGCGCUUCCUGUGUGUCAACACACCACACAACAGGGCAGAUGUCUUCAAGUAUAACCUUGACGUUAUAAGGUCAGUGGUGGAAUGUUGGAAGAAGCUGCUGACAGUCCCAUAUUCAGUCAUUUAUUCUCUCUUGGAGGUGAAGGAUGGAGCCAAGCGUGAGGUGGAGGCAGGUUUACAACUCUUGGGAAUUAUGCUCGUCAAUGGAGUAGCACCAUACAGCAUGGACUCUAAGAAUGAAAGAACAAGGUGUGAGAGUUUGCUGAUUCGGCUGCUGGGUGCUAACCGCUCAAGCAUAUAUGGUGCAGCUGCAGAAGUAUUGGGCCUCAUUUUAAAGUUUCUAACAACUCAGGAAUCUAGAAGUGAUGAUAAAGAGCUUGAUAAAGAGCUUGAAGACAGAGUAGUGAAGAAGAUAUCAGAGCUGAGUUACCAAAUGCAAGGCCAGUGUGUCAUGUGCAUUUAUAAUAUCCACAAGCAUUAUCCAUUAAUUGUUAGCAGGUUUCUCAACAAACUCCUGAACCUCAUGCCAAAACUUUAUGGAAUUCACCGUACUCGGAUCUUGGAAUGCUUAGUAUCUCAUUCAUCUACAAUGGACGAUGUCUUCACUCAUCUUAAGGAACAGAAUCUUCUCAAUACUCUAUCAAAUAAAGAACCAGCAACUCAGCUCGUCUCUCUUCAGUUGGUGAAUGCUGUUAUGCCUCGCCUCAGUGCCCAGGAACUCUUGUACUUCAUGCCAGGCAUUGGUGCCUUUGCCUAUCAUUCUGCUCCAAAAUGUCGGGAAACGAUGUAUGACAUCCUCUUCUGGAUUUAUGAUCAAUAUAGUGACUGCACUAAUGAGGAAGGCAGACAACUAGAGUCAGAAGCCCGUGGCAUUCUGCUACGUGCUGUGAGAGAAGAGGAUGCUGCUCUCAGACAAACGGUCCUAAAUUUUUGGCUUGAGGGUUCAAAGAGUCUCACACUACCCGAGCGGUUACUGCAUAUUCUACAGAAGAUGUAUAGUCCGGAUAGUGAGGAUUCCUUCCUCCAUAUAGCCAUAUACAUUCUGCUGGAAGCAACGAGUCACUCUGCAGACUACCAGCGUGACAUCUUUGACAUUCCAUUGACUAUGUGCAAAUUCAGAGAGAUGAAAGUGAGCACUGCGUGGCGGGCUCGUCAUGCUUCAAUGAUUCCACUCUUCACGGAGACCCAAAGCAGCAGCGAGUCGUCCAUGAGCUCAUUACUCGGCCUGACCCAGGGAAGUGAUGCUAGUGAAGAGUCUGGCAGUCUCGGUGGUGUACAAGCCACACAAGCCAAUGUCUUUUCACCAACUCAACAUCCAGGUGGAACAUUCAACUGGGUAACAGAGUCUACUUUUGAUACAACAAUAGCAGACAUGGAAUAUGAGGCUACUCAUGCCCCAACUCUGGGCUCGGCUUCAGGGCUCUUGUUUAGCCGAGGAUCCUCUGGUAAGAAUGACUUGCGGCGUUACAAGAAACCAGGAAUUGGAAAUACCCCAUUGCGGCCUCCAGAUGAGACAGAUCAUGCAGAUUCAGCAAGUAAAACUCAUUCCAAACUUAUAAGGCGCCGCUUUGUUAAAGACCAGGAUCGUGAGAAGCAGUCCAUAUACUUUGCCAAGAUAGAAGAAAGGAGGAGUAAAUUAAGGGAUACACUUGAAAUAGAGAGAAAAUCACGUAGGGAAGCACAGGUGACAAUGUACAGGCAGUAUCGUGUUGGUGAACUUCCCGAUGUGCAGAUCCCAUACCGAGCACUAAUUGCUCCUCUUCAAGCUCUAGCACAGCGUGAUGGAAAAGUUGCUCGUCUUCUGUUCGAGGUUUUAGCCCAAGGUGUGGUAGACAAUAUAGAAACUAUGAUGUCUCGCAGUGAAGAAGACUCGUGGCGUCAGCUUUUCCAAGUGUCCCUCAACAGUAUAAUUAGCAGCAGCUAUGUGUGUUAUCCAGAGGUCUUAAGAACUGUUCUACAUCUCAUGAUCAGCAAUGAUGUUUCAGUUAACCCAGAGACACUUACUUCUGCUUGUUUAGGCAGUCGAUUGGAGGCCUUAGGUAUAUUAGUCUUGGAAAGGCAAGUGUUAGUGUCAAAACGAGGAGUGGCGAAUGUUCGUCCUCCACCUCGUAAGAAGACCAAAACUGACCCAGGAACACAAACCCCAGACACCACCCUCUGGCUCAGUGUAGCAGAACUAUACAAGAAUCUAGAUAUGUGGGAUGUGGUCCGAGGCAUUGUUCAAGGAAAAUUAGGCAGCAUAAAGGAAGAGACAAGAGCAGCACUUGAGGCGGAGGCUACGAACAAUCAUGUGCAAGCCUUCUUACAUUAUCGAAAUGCACUCAGCACUACAGACUGGGAGGAAGAACCAGAGCCAGCAGAGAACCGCAUAUGGGAAGAAUGGUAUACAUCAUGUGCUGGAAUGCUUGGUCAGUGGUCAGAGCUUGAAAACUUUGUAGAAAAUCGCUUUCUAAAAGAUGACAAUGGACAAGUGAAUUUGGACCUCGUAUGGCUCCUUCCACGGCCAACUGCUGCUGUCCUACCUGCCUUGGUUCAUUCCAAACUAAUGAAUAUUUUAGGUGGGGCAGAAUCUGAUGGAAACCUUUGUAACUUCAUUGAUAAAGCCAUGGUAGAGCCUCGGCAUCGAGCAUUGUUAGAAGGAGAUUUAUCUCUUCAGUUAGCUGUGUUGUCAGCACACCAACAGAAAAUUGAGCAAGCCCAGUCUUAUUUAGAUGCAGCUGUGUCUAGCACACUUCUCACGCUGGCUCAGUAUUCUCAUUUAACCCCUAAGCCUCUCAUAGCCACAUUACGCAAUGUCCAACUAUUAACAGAAGUUGGUGACUUUUUUAAUACUAUCAAGCAUGCUGGGAAGGACUUCUACUCUAACAAAGUGAAAAAGACUGUCACCCACUGGAAAAAGCAUGAGGUAGGCCUUAGAGACACCUCUCUACUGAUCCAGUGCUUGUCUUCUUACCGAGAUCUUUAUGUCCACUGUCUUGAAAAAGAAUUAUCAAAGGACUUUCAAGAUGAUAUUCCACAGCUUAUUAAAGAUGCAAAGAUCUCUAUUCACAGAUCUGUUGUAAAAGCAGCUCUCCAAAACACUAAUUAUCAUUUGGCUGCUAGGCAUUUAAAAAAGCUAAAGCCAUUAUGUGAAGAUAGUUGUUCACUGGCUCAGUUCUAUCUUCUGAUGGCAGAAACAAACAUCCUUCGAGGACGUGGUAAACAAAGCAAUCGCUUGCAGUACUUGGUGGAAGCCUGGGCAAAAUUCUUGGGUAAAGUUAAUGAUAUGGCAGUCUGUGAGCAGAAUGCUGGAAUUGAGGUACAAUAUCUGAAACUGGAGAGCUCUUUAUGCCUUGAGAUAUGUGAAACUAUCCAUGAAAUGGGUGACAGUUGGGAUCUGGAAGACCAAUACAUGCUAGUAUUGGCAAAUAAAUUUGUAAAUGCUAAGAGUAGGGAAUUGUGGUACACCGAACUCCUUGAAUGCAGCUACAAGAGUCUUAACCUUGCUGUGAAAUGUGCGGAAGAUAAAUUACUCCAUACAUUUAAUGAUAAAGUAGAAGAAAUGCACAACUUCGGUAAAGAUGUUCAUGUGGUACUGGCAAAGUAUUGUGAAGACUGUUUAGAAAACUGGAAAGACCAUGUAAAUGCUCAGGAAUACUCAAAGUCUUUAAUAAUAAAUAUUUUGAAGGCAAUGUCAUUAGGGUCACGCGAUGCACAUUUUCAUUUUCCACGCAUCAUUAACUUGAUGGAAGAGAAUCCAAGUCUCGUAUCAAUCUUCCAGAAAGAAUCCGAGAGGGUUCCUGUUUGGAUGUUCCUUCUUUGGUUGAGUCACAUUCUCAUUUAUGUUGAUAAAGCUCCUGGCCCUGCUCUGCAACCCAUUGUUGAGAAAUUGGCUGCAGAAUACCCUCAAGCCGUUUACUACCCAUUUGGAAUUAGUAAGCAAAACUACGAUUAUACCAGUGAUAGUGGUAAGUCUGCAAAGGUAAUGUGUCAGAAGGUGGAAUUUCUCUUGAGCAGGAACAACCUUCUUCAACAAUUUGUGUCUGCUGUAUCACUGGUAGCGGUACCAGCUAUUGCUUGCAAGGAUGCAAUUAACAAUCUCCAACAUGAGAUGGAUAAGAAGAAAAUUGAAGAGUCUUUAAGAAAGGUUGAAAGUAGUUUCUUAAAAGUGAACAAUAGGUCUACAAAAGGCUCUGCAGGUGAGAAGGGUGAAGCAUAUAUCAAGCUGGAUAGAAUCAGAAAAGAUGUAGCUACAGCAUUUAAAGAGAGAUUUGGAGAUAACAUGAAGAAACUCGAGACAAUGUCUGUCAUAGAUAUUAAGAAAGCCUUACAAGUGAAAAUGAUUCUUAACCAGGAUGAUAUGAAAAAACUGCCAAAACAGCUGAAAGCUUAUUCACCAUGGUUAUCAAAUUUCCAAGCUUCUAAAUAUUCACAUGUACUUGAAUUACCAGGUCAGUAUUCUGGAAUGUCCAAACCUUUACCUGAAUAUCAUGUUAAAAUCUCUAGUUUUGAUGAAAACCUAUUGCCAAUGACUUCACUUCGUGUUCCGGUGAGAAUUGUUGUUCGAGGAAAUGAUGAAAAAGAUUAUAAAUUCCUUGUCAAGUGUGGCGAAGAUCUACGAACUGAUCAGAGAAUGGAACAAAUGUUUACACUAAUGAACAGUGUGUAUACUAUUUCUUCUCUGUGUUCUCUCACAACCUCACAACCUCUUUUGGACACAUACCAAGUUGUGCCACUCACUAUGGAGGUUGGACUCUUGCAGUGGGUGGAAUCUACUCAACCUUUAAAGGAAUUUAUGAUUGAAUCAUUCCGAGAUGAUGAGAAAAAGUACUACAGUGAUGCAAGAGGCCUUUAUAGUAAAGGGGAACACUGGGAUAUUUCAAAAAAGAGUAAAAAGAAGGAUGUAGUAAAGAAUUACGAGAAUGUGGUCAAUAAAAUUCCAUGGGAUAUUUUACGUCGUGGAUUUGUUAAACUGUCAAGUAGCAGUGAAGGCUUCUUUGCUCUGCGUAGUGCUUUUGCAGUCAGUUAUGGUACAUUAUGUAUAUCACAUUGGCUUCUUGGGAUUGGUGAUCGCCACUGUGGGAAUACAUUAGUCAACUUGAAAACUGGCCGUGUAGUUGGCAUUGAUUUUGGACACCAUUUUGAGUCUGCUGUGCAAUUCCUUCCUUGUCCAGAGCUAAUGCCUUUUCGACUUACUCCUCUAAUUGUCAACAUGUUCCAGCCUGUAGGUCAUGUAGGAAUGCUACGGGAGAUAAUGGUUGCUGCACUUGGAGCUCUUAAGGAGUCGCGGCAUGUGUUAAUUGCUGUCUUAGAAGCAUUUGUUAAGGAACCAACAGAAGAUUGGUUAGGUUUUGUGAGACGUCAAGAAGGUAAUGUUGAAAACAGUAAUGUAGAAAUGUUUUCAAAGUAUCGUAUUAAGUUGCUAAAGAAUAAGUUGCAUGGCAUCAAUCCUGCUGUGGUGACAAUGUGGGCUGUUUCUCAGAACAAAAAAGUCAAGAGUGACUCCACUAUUUUGGAAUGCCUUCGAGGAGUAGUUCUUGGAAGUGAAGGAGAGAACUUGCGGGUUGAUAUGGGGAAGGAUGGCCUGAGUAUUCACCAGCAAGUAGAUGUUCUUUUGGAACAAGCCUGUGACCCAAAUAUCCUUGGAAGAACUUGGAUUGGUUGGGAUCCUUUCAUGUAAAUUUUUAUUUUGUUAUAUUGUAUACAGUAUAUAAGUUGACCACACUUUUAAUUUAAAUAUUUUGGAUGUUAUUCACUGAUUUGUGUGUCCAUCCUAGUGUUUUACUGCAGUACUUUACAAACACCGAAAUGUUAACAUAGUUAUAUAUUACAAGACAAAAAAAAAAUGGCAGGUAUAUUCAUAGAAGAAAAAAUGUUCUAUGAAUAUACUUAAAAUGUUCUAUUAAUGAUAUUGGACCUGUUAACCAAUUCAUAAAACAGGAACUGUUUGCCAAAAUUGAUUGGGUUGAUUUUGCCAUCUUAUUGUGAAUGUUUUAUUUUACAGCAGUUUUAGUGAAACUUAUUUAUUGAUAUUGUAUUAGAACUAUUCUAGCCUUGGAAGAUUACAAAAUUGGCUUGAAUAUAUCAUGUAAAAGAUCAAUACAGCACAUCAAAGUACAGCUAAUUAACAAGCUGUAAUGAUUUUAAAAUAAAUUUAAACUUCAGUUUUGCCAUUUAAUUUGUUGAAAUGUUAUGUACUGCAAAUAGUUAAAGCAAUAAUUCAUUGUUCUUGAAAUCUAUGUACUGUAUAAUUAUAUGAUUAUAUAAGAAAAUAUAGUAGUAUUUUAGGGUUUUAUUACAUUGUAUAUGUAUUAAAAACUUUGGAUUACUGAGAA